AUGGUAAGGGUGGUAUAUCAUGACGCAGACAAGGCCAAGCCUAUGAUUAUUGAUGAAUGGGUUUAUGUUUUUGACAAAGUUGGUAGAGAAUUUAUGGGUGGUGUUAAAUCUGUUACAAUUGUUGUUGAUAAGUACAAGAUGGCUACUGGUCACAAGAUUAUUAUUCUUAAAAAUGACAAGACUCGUUUUACUGCAAAGUGCGCAGAAAAUGAUUGUGGUUGGAGGAUUCACUUUGGGCCUGUCAAUGGUGACAUUUCUCGGUUCGUGCUGAAAGAUUCUAAUAUUAUUCACAGGCUUUUUAUGGAAAUUACAUAUUCUUGCUUGAGUCCUGCGGGGACAACCAAGUUAGUCAAGCAUUUGAUUGCCGACAAUAUACAGGGGGAUCCUAGUAUAAAACCCAACCAGAUCAUUUCACUUUUUAAGAAGACUUAUGGGUCCAAUAUUAAGUAUCACCAUGCCCGUAGAGGGAAAGAAGACGUAUUUGAAGAACAGUUUGGCGAUGACGAGAAGUCGUAUAGCGAUUUAACUUGGUAUGUCCAAGCCAUUAAGAAAAAUAAUCCUGAUAGCUAUGUGAAGUUUGAAGUUGAUCAUGCAACCAGAAGAUUUCAGAGGAUCUUCAUUUGUUUCGGUGCUUGCAAGCAUAGCUAUAGGUAUCUCAGGCCGAUGAUUUACUUGGACGCUACUUUCCUUACUGGUAGAUACAAGGGUGCUUUUAUGGCUGCAACAUGUAUCAAUGGGAACAAUGAAUUUUACCCAUUUGUAUUUUCUCUCAUUUCUGCUGAAAACAAAGAUAAUUGGUUUUGGUUUCUAGAGAAUCUUAAACAAGUUGUCGAUGGUCGUCAGAUUGUUUUCCUUAGUGAUCGUGGAGAAGGAAUUUUGCAGGGCAUUCCAAAAAAAUUCCUAAUUCAUAUCACAUCUAUUGAUUUUACCACAUCAAGUGCAAUCUCCCCAUUGGAUCAGGUGAUGCGAAUUCAAAGCCCAUUAUUGAUUUGUUUUACAAAGCUGCUUACUCUUACACAACAACGAACUUUGAAGAAGUUUUGCGGGGCAUGCAUGCAAUUGGAUGUGGAUAUGUUGCUAACUAUAUCAGGACUAUUCCAAAGGAGAAACGGGCAAAUGCAUUUUUUCCUUUAUGCAGAUAUAGUGCUCACUCUUCAACUCUUUCCGAGUCCUUCAACAACCGGAUUCUUGAUUUCAAAAAGUUUCCUGCUUUUGCUCUUCUCGAUGCGAUGCGAUACGAUACUUGUACACGUUUUAUCUAUGAUUCUGCAACUUUUGAAGGUUAUGAAGAAGAAUUCUGAGAGAAAGAUAGAAGGUCUAGAAAAUUUCAACACUAGGCUCACUCCCAUUUAUGAGGCUUUAAUAAAGGAAAACAUCGACAUUGGUCGUACUUGGAUUGUUACUCAGUCCAUGGAAAGAAUGUAUGAAGUCGCGUCUCCCCGGUCUCAUACUGUAGAUCUAUUGCAGAAAACUUGUACAUGUCACAGGUGGAAAGUUAAUGGUUUUCCUUGUGCACAUGCUUGUGCUGCCAUUCAAGCUACGAGAGAGGACAUCUAUUCAUUUGUUGAGCCAUACUUCACCACUAAAUGGUACAACAGGACAUACCAGGAGAUCAUCUUGCCAAUCCCCAAUCAUGACAAGCCACAGGCUUAUGAUCCUAAUGAUAGGGUUAUUGUUCCUAUUCUUGUUUCUCCACCUGGUAGACGAAGAACACAGCGUAUCAAGAAUGCUUGGGAGAAGCAAAAGAGGCAUGUGAUGUGCACAAAGUGCUUCACCCUUGGUCACCACAACAUAGCUACCUCCCCCAUGAUUUGA